GGACGCGCCGUGCCGCCCCGCCGCCGCGCUCCGCCCUUCCGCCGGGACAUGGCGCAGGAGCUGCGGCCUAUGGACGGCGACGUGGAGGACGGCGAGCUCUCCGGCUCCGACUCGGACAUGCCCGGCGCCGGCUCCCCCGCACAGAAGCUGCAUGCUGGCAGUGAUUCCUGCAGGCCCUUCCAGAGCAGCCUCUCAUCCUGCGCUCCCAGUGUUCCUUACAGGACCACCAAGAGCCUGGACUCGAGCGAGGAGAGCGGCUCCGAAUCCGAUGACGACAGCUGCCUGUGGAAGCGAAAGAGGCAGAAAUGCUUCAACUUCUCCCCUGGCAAACCCGAGCCCUUCCAGCUCAGUCAGAGCCACCAAAAACAAACUGCUCUGCGUGGGAAGAAGGUCAACAACAUCUGGGGCGCCGUGCUCCAGGAGCAGAACCAGGAUGCGGUGGCAACUGAGCUCGGGAUUCUGGGCAUGGACGGUUCAAUUGACAGGAGCAGGCAGUCUGAGACUUACAACUACCUGCUGGCUAAAAAGCUGAUGAAGCAGAAGGAGGCAGAGACUUUGGAUAAGGAGCUGGAUGAAUACAUGCACGAUGACAAGAAGACAUUGCCGGCAGAGGAGGAAAACGGGCAGGGCUUCCUCAAACGGAAGCGGCCCAUGAAAGACAGACUGGGGGAAAGGCAAGAGAUGAAAUACAAGGGAAGGUAUGAGAUAACAGAGGAAGAUUCAGAGGAAAAAGUGGCAGAUGAAAUUGCUUAUCGACUUUGUGAGCCAAAGAAAGACUUAAUUGCUCGAGUAGUGAAAAUAAUUGGGAAGAGAAAAGCCAUCGAGCUGCUGAUGGAAACAGCUGAAGUAGAACAGAAUGGUGGACUGUUCAUUGUGAAUGGCACCAGGAGAAGAACACCUGGAGGUGUCUAUUUAAACCUGCUGAAGAACACACCGAGCAUCAAAGAAGAAAAAAUCAAGGAAAUAUUCUAUCUGGAAAACCAAAAGGAGUAUGAAAACAAAAAAGCUGCCAAGAAGAGGAGGAUACAAGUUCUGGGGAAGAAGAUGAAAAAGGCCAUCAAGGGGCUUAACCUGCAGGAAUAUGAUGAUGCAUCUCGGGAGACUUUUGCCAGUGACACAAAUGAGGCUCUGGCUUCCCUGGAUGAUCUGCAGGAGGGGCACCACGAGGCAAAGAUGGAACCUGAGGAUACUAUUGAAAUUGAUAAUGCCCAUGAUUUGGAGAUCUUUUAGUUCCUAAUAUUCUUGAUAGCAGAGUCUAUAAACACAGGUUAACUGAGCCUUUCUUAUAAUCCCAUGUCUUCUUGUUUUCAAAGCAUGGGGAAUACUUGAUGCUGAAGAACAGGAGGUAAUAAUUAGCUAAAUUUAACAGCAUGAAACACUUUUAAUUGUCUUGUUACUUGUUUGCCGAGUUCUCAGAAACUGUUAAGAUUUUUCUAGAUAAGAGCCCUGCAUCACCUUAGGAAGUGUUUUUAGUCACAUGUUAGUUUUAGGAGUUAAGGCUGUCUUUUAACCAAAUACUUCUCAUUUAAUUUGCUGAAGUAUACACAAAGUAAUCAGGUGAGCAAUGCUCUUUACUACGGAUAAACAGAAAAAACAGAAUAAAUUUAGUCUUGAUAUAAAUUAUCAUAUAUUCUUAAUGUGGCAGUGUAUUGACAAAAACAGUAUUUAGAGGAUUAAGACCUGUAAAAACAGAUUGGUUUGUGAAAUAAUUUUAGUGGUCAGUGACCUUUGAAUAACAACCUUGUAAAUAAGCAGUAUUGAGCAAUGUAUGUUUCAGAUUUCUGCAGUAUUUUUAUUCUUUGUAUUCCAAUGGUGACUUGAGCUUCCUAUCUGUUCUUUCUAAACAUUUUCCAUUAUUAGGCACAUACCUAAGUUCCAUGGAUCUUUUUGUUUGCAGACAAAUUUAACUGAAAGUCUUCAGAGUAGUGAGAUUUUACUGAGCUGUGUUCCAUUCAAGGGUCUGUAGACUGUAUGUGCAGAUAUAAACCCUUUACCUUUCAGUUCUUGUUUCUGUCCUCCUCCUGUGUGCAGUGAGAUAAAGUGCAGCUUGCAGAAGAUCUGGAGUUUUUCUGUGCUGACUCUUGCAGGGGAUAUUUUUUUUUUGUUAUUUACUUGAUGCAGGAAACUGUUGUGUAGUUCUUUAGUUUGGCCGAAAAGAAUUUUUGUGUUGAAUAUUGUUUUUAAUAUAGCUGAAGAACAUGUAUAACACUGAUAUGUAUGAUGUCUGAAGUAUUUUGUCACUAAGAAGUUGUAGCUUUUUUUUUGAGUAGACACUAUUCAGCCCAACUUUUGCCCAUAAAUUUGUUCACCUUUGAGUCCUUGAGUUUCAGGAGGAAAGUGUGUCACUAAAACACAUAAUCACUUUAUAAGAUUGAACAAUCCAGUACUGCCAAGACCUUGCAUUUAAAGGAUGGCAACAUUUGAAGAAACAUUUCUUACACAUUCCAUUCCCUGCCUUACUAAACCUGGGUUUUGACUUUCCUACUUUUUAUCUGUUCACAUGUCAGAGCUCCUAAUUGUUAAAAAGUUAAUCAGAUGUGCAGCAUGACUUUGCUGGUAGUAGUUGCUCGUGCUGAAAUAACAAAAUUUCUUAGUUUUUCAUUAAUUUUCCUAACCAGUGAUGGACAGAGUAAACUGGUAACUCCUGUAGGGGAAACAGAAUUUUGUGCUGUUUAAUUGCAUUGGGACUGUACCAUUUCAUCCUGGUUUUGGGAACUGCUUGGGGAUAUGUCUUAACUCUCUUCUGGAUAGAAUCAGAAAAUUGUAACGUUGGUUUAAGCAACUUUUUUAUCAUUAUGUAAUUUGCACUGUGUAUUUUUUUAAUGUUAAUAUUUCUAACGUUGAUUUCCCAGGCAAGGGGUACUUAAA